AUGGAUAAAAUACCAUGCAAAAGUACUUUUAGUAAUAAUGAGAAUAAUUCUAAUGAUUAUGAACAUAAUAAUUUUAGAGAAAAUAAUUUUAAUUAUAAUGGACGUAACACUCGUAGGGAAAAUUUUGAUUUUAAGAAGAGGAAUUAUAAUGAUUUUAGGCCUAAUGAUAGUGCUAGCCGAAACUAUGAAAAUAAUAUUUUUCGAGACAGUGAGGGUAACUUUAGAAAUUUUCGUAAUAACCAAUCUUUGAAUAACAAUUCAAACUAUUACGGAAGAAACUCCAUGUGGCACAACAACAUUAAUACAAACAAUUAUGAUAGAAACAAUGCCUGGCAAUACAAUAACAAUUCAAACAAUUAUGGUAGAGGUACUUGGCAAAACAAUAAUUAUAAUGGGAGAAACAAUUCCUGGUCUUACAACAAUCAAAGAAAUCAGAGUCAAUAUAAUAAUCGAUAUGGUUAUCAAUAUCAAUCCUACAAUAACAACAAUAAUGGAGAAAAUAAUACGUGGAAAAAUUAUAAUCAAAAUAUUAAUCAAAGAAAACCAUUACAAUAUAAUGACAUGAAUCAAAGUAACAUCAAUUGUAACAUGAACAUUGAAGAGAUUGUUAAAAAAAAUAACCCUACACAAAAUAAUAAUGGUAUGUGA